AUGCAGGCAAUGCCAAGCUCUCAGGCGCCCGAUAUGGGCACGAAUUUCACAGAUGUGCCCUGGGAGCCUGGUUUCACCGGCUCCGAUGGAGACCUGGUCUGGUCCUCCACGGUUAACAGCGUGGUUAAGAUGUUGCUCAUAUCCCUCAUAGUGUGUGUGUCCUUGUUCGGGAAUGUGGUGGUUCUGCUGGUGUUCCAGAGGAAGCCUCAGCUCCUUCAUGUGGCGAACCGCUUCGUCCUCAACCUCCUCCUGGCAGACCUGCUCCAGACCAUAUUAGUCAUGCCUUUUGCGAUCGCGGCCACCGUGCCAAGUGUGUGGCCCCUGGACGCCCGACUGUGCCAAGCUCUGGUGGUGUUAAUGCACCUUUUUGCAUUCGCCGGGGUCAACACCAUCAUAGUCGUCUCCGUGGAUCGCUACCUGGCCAUCAUCCACCCUCUGUCCUAUCCCACCCGCAUGACCCCUCACCUGGGCACCAACCUGAUCAUCUGCACCUGGGUGCUCAGUUUCCUGCAGAGCACGCCGCCCCUCUACGGCUGGGGGGCCAUCGACUUUGACCGGCGUCACCACGUGUGCUCGGUGGUGUGGUCCUCCAGCCUGUCGUACUCCGCUGUGGUGUCCACCUUCUCCUUCUGGCUGCCUGUGCUCAUCAUGCUCGGAUGCUACUGGAUGGUGUUCAGAGCGGCUCGGAGGCAAAACGCACUCGUGCACCCCAUACAAACACAAUCCUACUCUCAGCCCUGGCCGCAGGACUUCCAGGGACCCACCAGUCCACAGCCCCAACCACAGCCCCAACCACAGCCCCAGCCGCCACCACAGCCCCAGCCCCAGCAGGUCAGUUCACCUGAUGGUCCCUAUUCAACCAGGGGAUACCCAGUUCGAGUUAGGCACAGACGCUUCCACUACCACUGCAAGGCGGCUCGUGUAGUUUUCGUGAUCGUGGCCUCGUACAUCCUCAGCAUGGGGCCUUACAGCAUACUUAAUACUAUAUCUAUGAGUGCCAGAGCGGCUGUACCCCCCUGGCUGUCCUCCCUCGCCCUCGUGCUCUUCUUCUUGCAGUGCUGCCUCCACCCGUACAUUUACGGUUACAUGCACCGCAGCGUGAGGAAGGAGUUCCUCGCCCUGCUCUGCGGGCUGUUCUGCAAACAGGGCCGCCCCAACCAGAGCUCUGCCGUGGAGAGCUGCUUCACAACUACAGAGGGACGUUUCGGCGCUCACUCCCACCUGCCCAGUCUGACCGCUCGAGUCUUCCCUCUGCGGACUUGGGAGGAGUGCACAACGUCGUCCUCGCCCACUUUUGAGAGGAAGUCAAGGGACAGCCGUAAAGAGACGAUCUCCACCAGCGUCAGCUCUGAGAGGGAGCUCACGGUCCACAGCAAACAGAGCACAUAG